ACUAGUGAAAACUGAAAUCUUAAAGCGGCAUGUAUGUACAUUGUCGUAAUGUCGUUCUUUUCGAAAAAAGUUGCAGGAUGUGUGCAGUGAUAUCGUAAAGGUGGGAAGUGUGUGAAAAUUCGUCUCUCUACACUACCGUUCAGUAAAGUUCCAAUAGUACUACAAAACCAUGAACGAUUUAAGCUGCAAUAGUAUCUGUCAACUGUUGUGUUGCCCUCCAUUACCGUCGAAGAUCGCAGCUAAGUUGGCUUUCAUGCCACCACCUCCUAGCUAUAGACUCUCAGAACAAAUAGCUGAUGGAAAGACCGCAUACAGCUUUGCUCUUGCGCCAUACUUGAAAGAUUCGUUCAUACAUUUUGUCCCAGAAAAUAUAGAGUCCAUGAAAGCCACCACAAGAAGAGGAAAUCAAAUUGCGAUCCUUUACAUGCCCAUUAAUUCAUCGUCAAAACUUACUUUUCUGUUGAGUCAUGGAAACGCCGUAGACUUGGGGUUGAUGCUGCACUUUAUGUACGAGUUGGGGACCAAGUUAAAUGUAAAUAUUAUGUGCUAUGAUUAUUCCGGUUAUGGUAUGUCUUCUGGAAAGCCUUUGGAAAAAAAUCUAUAUGCAGAUGCUGAGUGUGCAUUUAACGUCUUGCGAACAAAGUACUCCGUGCCUCUGAACCAAAUUGUUUUAUACGGCCAGAGCAUUGGAACUGUUCCGACAAUUCACUUAGCCACGCUUCAUCGAGUUGCCGCAGUUGUGCUCCACUCACCCUUAAUGUCUGGAUUAAGGGUGGCGUUUCCGAGAUUAAAACGAAACUACUGUUGUGACGUUUUCUCCAAUCUUGCACGCACGCCGAAAAUUAUCUCACCUACUUUAGUAAUUCAUGGGACACGUGAUGAAGUAGUGAAUGUUAAUCAUGGUUACCGUAUAUGCUCUGCUCUGGCAGGCCACCUAUUAUUGGAUCCUCUUUUCAUUGAUGGAGCUGGGCAUAAUGAUUGUGAACUGUUUCCUCAAUAUCUUUUGCGCCUAACUAAGUUGGUUACCGUGGAACUACCCCAGUUACUUCUAAAUUCCAAAUGUUCAUGUGUUUCCGAUGGGAAAGAUACGAGUAUCGAACCAUCCAAGCUUCUGGCGAAAACAACAGUUAAAGAGGAUAGUGAGACGGAUCUAUCGAACUCCGAUUCUAUACCAGCUCCUGUGAAUUCUUAUGAAUGUUUAAGCGCAAAUGGUAACAUGGUUAAUGCAGAUGAAAAGCUACCAGAGUCACUUUUAAAACCUUCUUGGGAUAUUCUUUCAAGCUCAAAGCCUAGCAGACUCAAUGUGAAUGAAGUUUAUGAGGUGUCUGCUGAUAAAAAUGGCCAAUUAAAUGAACGGAAUAGCCCAGCUAUUUUAUCAUCACGCGAGUGUUCUGAGUCUGAUAAAACUGGUGCUUCACUUCUUGCUGUUAAUAAUAACGACUCUGAUCACUGUCAGUCAAAAGGCAAGAAUGACGGAAAAUUAGUAUUUGGAGAAAAAACUAGUAUUUCUAAAUGUUCAGAAAUUGCGACAAACUGUUCUGACAAUUUAGUCAAUGAUUUAUUUUCAGUCCAACCUAAUAUCUGUGAUCUUACUCUCCCUCCACCUCCCCCACCGCCUAAAGGCAGUGACCUAGAUUUUUUCCGAUCAUCUGAAGUGCUAUGGUCGCUGCACAGUCAGAAAAAUGGAAAGAUGAAUACUUUCCCCCGAAAAUUGACGUCUAAGCUUUUGGAAACUGAAAUCGACCAAAAUUACUUACAAAUAUCAGCAAAGGUAUGGACAUUACCGCGUGAAUUUCCUUCUGAAAAAAUUGCGCAGCUUUGCAGUCGCAGACUUCCAGAUACAAUGCCAAGGGAUAAUUUUAAACCUGUGUUAACAUAUGACUAUUCAGAUCCAGUAUUAGCAGAACAAUCUUCAAGAAGUCUACCUGAAAAUGCACUUCCAUUAAUUUCAGGUUUUAAUAAAUCUACAGCACAUACAUGACACCAGUAUGCUACAGUAUAUUCAACCUCCCAUUGCUUCUUAAAUCGUAUUGCGCCUGUUUCUUUAUCUGAACACUUGAUACCGGUACUUUGUAACAAAAGUUCUUACAUUUCCCUGUAUUUCAAGUAUAUUGUAUUGAUAUUUUUGAUUUUUUAGUUAUCACAUGUCCAUUUAUUUGUAUUGUUUAAUUUCCGCCCAAAAACCACCAUUUAUAGGUUAAUUUUAUCGUUCGUUGUAAAAAAAUUAAACGUAUCAAAUGUGUAUUAUGUGAUUCUGACCGUUGCCUAAAUUAUAACUUGUGAAUUUUAAAUUAUCAUGAAGUUUACUAAUUUCUUAUUCGUUUAACAAAUGAAGCAGCUGACGAUUAGUCAUCUAUGUGCGUGCUCCCCAUGUGAUUUCCCCUACACUGAUCAUUCAUGGUACUGAAGAUGACAUAAUCGAUCGAAUGCAUGCUCAACGACUGUAUGAACGCAUCCCUAAUACUCUGGAACCAUUGUUUAUUCGUGGAGCCGGUCAUAAUGAUUGUGAAUUGUAUGAAGAAUAUCUUAUUCGUUUAGAGUACCUAGUUCAUAUUGAAGUAGAAAGUUCUAAUUUGUUACACCUUGCACGCGAAUCGAAUCCAGCUAAUCAGAAUAUAAGGUCUAUUUAUCGGUUAUCAAGAUUUCUGCCUUGGACUCGCAGAUCUGAUCCAAAGUCUGGUCAAAUUUUACCGAACAGAAUUACAUCAAAACCUAAGCCAUUAAAGGACGAAUCAAAUGAACAGUCUAGUACACUGGGAACGAAUUCAUAUACUCACUUUCAUGAUAAAACUCUUAAAUCUUUUACUCCAGUGUGGAUGCGGAAGCGUGGACUUCAUGGAUCCUAUAGAUAUGUUCAUAAAAAUGGUGAGAAACGCAAAUGUAAGCGGAUUCAUUCAUUAUCAACUAUCUCAUCGAAUGUACCUUCUGGUCGAUCUGAAGUUAGUGCGAUUCCGGAAAAAGCUGAAGUCAGAAUAGAGUGUUUGGAUAGCGAUAACCCAGGUACCGAAACAAAUAAUAAGCAUUGGAAACCAGUCGUGAGUGAAGAACACGAUAGCUUAUAAAUUUAUCCUUGGUUGUCCAUCGUUUACUAACCACAUAUUCUUGAACUUCCUCCGAGCAAAUUCGUAUCCAGUUUCACGAGUCCAUUUUUACUUUUGUGUGUAAGAGAUAUGAGUCUUUUUAACUCGAUCUUUAGGGUUUUUAUGAUGAAGAUAAUUAUCAUCAUAAUCAUUAAAUGUACAUAAUCCUCUUGUACAAUGUUCUAUUUUGUUUUAACGGUUGUUAUUGUUGUAUAGUGAAUGUUGCUACUUUGUUAAGUGUGUAUUUAACUAACCAAAACUAAUAAUUUGUUGAUGGGAGUUUUUUAAUAUUCGGUUACUUCAGUUGUACAUAACCGUAGGGUGUUCUAAAUCCAACUUUAUAGUUCAAAAACUUCUUUCUGUUCGAGAGUUGACUAUAGAGUAUAACUUUAGAAUGUUUUCGGGUUGCUAUCGGUAUCGACCUCUUUCCGGUGCUUACUUUAACUAGCUCUAUAGUAAUGUUUUACAUGGUUAUAUAUAUAUAUGAUACCAGAAAUAAUAUUGCAUCCUGACGUUUCGUGACAAGCAACUAUUUGAACGAUCAUUGUGUUUCCGUAUAAGUGUCACGAAUGGUCUAAUUUCCAAGUUCCAUUUAUUGCUCCAGUUGAUUGACUAACGUUGUUUACUGUUGCCUUUCUUUGUAUAUUUAUUCUUAAUAAUCCAGAAUAUUUCUACGUC